CGAUCAGGAAUUCUCAGACUCCAGUGUCUUUCAAGUCCAGUGCAAGUCCACCAGAACUCUCCCUCAAAACAUGAAGUCCACCAAGCCGGACGAAAUUUCCUUGCAGGUGAAUGAGAUAGGCGAGGUGUUUACUCGGAACGUAAAGCCAAAAGACAUGCAUGCCAUCGUACAGAAACAUAACUCUAGUCAACCCCGUAACCAGUGCCGGCGAACUAACAGCGUCUGACAUCCCCGGCUGGGCCUGCGCUGGAUUCGGGCUCCAAUUUACCAUGUAUUCGAUUGUGACGCCCGCCAUGUUCCAAAGAAUACUUGAAGUGUCGCCUGUCGCGCACAUCGAUAAUGUACGCGUGCCUGUGUUGUUGAUGGAAGAUGGCGUACGUGUGGUAUUGGCGCAGGGAUUAAGGUUUUAUUACGCGCUCAAGGACAGGGAGAGGAGAAUGGAAAUGUUGUGGGCGAGAUGUAUCUGCUUGGAUGGGAUUGCGGCGAGGGUUUCGUGGGAGGGAUCGGUUUAAGAAGCUGGAGCAAAACCAAGCUGACUGAUGGCAAUAUGAGGCCACAAAUAAUGAUUUGG